AUGGUUAUUAAACAAGUAGGAAAGUUGAUCCACAAGAGGACCAAAAAGUUCCGCAGAUUCCAGUCUGACAGGUUUAAGAGAGUCAAGGAAAACUGGAGAAAGCCCAAGGGUAUAGAUUGUCGUGUUAGGAGGCGCUUCAAGGGUACAGUUUUAACUCCAAAAAUCGGUUAUGGCACUGACAAGAAGACCCGUCACCAGGUCCCAGGUGGCUUUUACAAGGUUGUUGUUUCUACUCCAGCCGAGGUUGAUGUACUAUUGAUGCACAACAAGACCCAUAUUGCUGAGAUUGCACAUAAUGUCUCCUCCAAGAAGAGAAGAGUAAUUAUAGACAGAGCAGACAAGCUCGGCGUCAAGGUCGCCAACAGAAAGGCCAAACUCAGAGUAGAGGAAAAGGAGUAA